AUGGACUACAUCAGCGACUGCCCACGCGAUCACCUAAUGGGUGGCCUCAGGGACCACAAUGCCGGGAACCACAGCCUCAGGAACCACAAUGCCGGGAACCACAGCCUCAGGAACCACAAUGCCUGGAACCACAGUCUCUGGAACUACCGUGGUAUCCUCACCCCCUUCUGGUACUACACCAACGUCAGGUCCAACUUCAAUUUCAUCUACUCCGAGUUCUUCAGGGACCGUUGCGCCCACAGCCACCUCGACGUCUUCAAGCAGUUCCUCAACAUCGACUCGGAGCACACUCACGACAAGCUCAAGCCGGAAGUCUCCCUUCCCCUCGGAUGCUACAGUGAAGGACCGGGCGGCCGAGCGCUGCCUGAUUUCUUCUUGGAGGACGAUGUUCGGAUGACUAUCGACAAGUGUGCCAACCUGUGCAUGAACUACACAUUCCUGGGCCUGGAAUACCGCUCGCAGUGCUGGUGCAGCAACUCGAUCCAGAACGGCGCGUUCCCGGUCGAAGAUGGCCAGUGCAACAUGGUAUGCACUGGCAACGCACAACAAAUUUGCGGCAGCGAAAAGUCGCUUUCGGUCUACCUACCCCCUCCGCCGCCUCCCCCGCGUCCAGUCAACAACAUCACAUUCAAAGCUGCCGGCUGCUACGCCGAACCUGCUGAUGGGACGCGGGCGAUGGACCGCUCCCGCACGGCGACCGACCAGAUGACACCGGCUGCAUGUUUCAACAUUUGCGGCUUGAGCGGCUGGCCGUACGCCGGGCUGGAGUACGGCGACGAGUGCUGGUGCGACGAUGACGUGUCGACGGAGGCCAUGCUUACGGACCCUUCGCGGUGCAACAUGAAAUGUUCAGGCGAUGCGACGCAGAUAUGUGGUGGCGAUCGUGUGUUCAACAUGUACAAUGGAACGUUCAACUAUAACACUGCGGCCAGUGCUCCUCGUCCUCAUGCGGCCUUCUGGGACAGGCUUCUCAACGGGGGUGUGUAA